CCCAACUCCCUUCCCAUGUAGGGACCCACGUCAUGGAAGGCUCUGGCCGGAUGGUGGUGACCGCCGGUCAACUCGCAGACCGGGAUCAUCGAGGAAGAGAAGAAGAAGAAAGCAAGGACCAGGACGGUGUGGCCCUGGAGAUCCAGCCACUCAACAGCCAGGAGGGGGCCGACAACGAGGACAAGGACAAGAAGGCCAGCAAGGUGCACAAGAAGGAGAAUUCGGUGCUGCAGGGCAAGCUGACGCGCCUGGCCAACCAGAUCGGGAAAGCCGGUCUCAUCAUGUCCGCCGUGACCGUCGUCAUCCUGAUCCUGUACUUCGUGAUCGACAACUUCGUGAUCCAGCGCAGACCGUGGCUUGCCGAGCGCACCCCUGUCUAUAUCCAGUACUUCGUCAAGUUCUUCAUCAUCGGCGUCACCGCGCUGGUGGUGGCCGUGCCCGAGAGGCCGCUGGCCGUCACCAUCUCCCUGGCCUACUCUGUAAAGAAAAUGAUGAAAGACAACAACCUGGUGUGGCACCUGGACGCCUGUGAGACGAUGGGCAAUGCCACGGCCAUCUGCUCCGACAAGACCGGCACGCUGACCAUGAACCACAUGACCGUGGUGCAGGCCUACGUUGGGGGCACCCACUACCACCAGGUGCCCAGCCCCGACGUCUUCCUGCCCAAGGUCCUGGACCUCAUCGUCAACGGCAUUGCCAUCAACAGCGCUUACACAUCCAAGAUCCUGCCUCCGGAGAAGGAGGGAGGCCUGCCAUGGCAGGUGGGCAACAAGACCGAGUGUGCUCUGCUGGGCUUUGUCGCAGAUCUGAAGCAGGACUACCAGGCGGUGCGCAACGAGGUGCCCGAGGAGCAGCUCUACAAGGUGUGCAAGUCCAUGAGCACGGUCGUCCGGAAGCCCGCCGGCGGCUUCCGCAGGUACAGCGAGGGCGCCUCGGAGAUCAUGCUGCGCAAGUGCAAUCGGAUCCUGGACAAGAAGGGGGAGGCGGUCCCGUUCAAGAAUAAGGACCGCGACGACAUGGUGUGCAGCGUCAUCGAACCCAUGGCCUGCGAGGAGCUACGCACCAUCUGCAUAGCCUACCGGGACUUCGACGACACUGAGACCUCCUGGGACAACGAGGCCGAGGUCCUCACCGAGCUCACCUGCAUCGCCGUCGUGGGCAUCGAGGACCCCGUGCGCCCAGAGGUCCCAGAAGCUAUCGCCAAAUGCAAGCAAGCUGGCAUCACUGUCAGAAUGGUGACCGGGGACAAUGUCAACACAGCCCGAGCCAUCGCCACCAAAUGUGGCAUCCUGACACCUGGCGAUGACUUCCUGUGCUUAGAAGGCAAAGAAUUCAACCGACUCAUUCAAAACGAAAAGGGAGAGGUAGAACAAGAGAAGCUGGACAAGAUCUGGCCCAAGCUUCGGGUCCUGGCCCGGUCCUCGCCCACAGACAAGCACACGCUGGUGAAAGGAAUCAUUGACAGCACCGUUGGGGACCAGCGGCAGGUGGUGGCUGUCACCGGUGAUGGCACAAAUGAUGGGCCGGCCCUCAAGAAGGCAGACGUUGGUUUUGCCAUGGGGAUUGCAGGCACAGACGUGGCAAAGGAAGCCUCGGACAUCAUCCUCACCGACGACAACUUCACCAGCAUCGUGAAGACCGUGAUGUGGGGGCGGAACGUCUAUGACAGCAUCUCCAAGUUCCUGCAGUUCCAGCUCACCGUCAGCGUGGUGGCCAUGAUCGUGGCCUUCACGGGCGCCUGCAUCACUCAGGACUCCCCACUGAAAGCCGUGCAGAUGCUGUGGGUGAACCUGAUCAUGGACACUUUCGCCUCUCUGGCCCUGGCCACCGAGCCCCCCACCGACGCGCUGCUGAGGCCGCCCCACGGCCGCAACAAGCCCCUGAUCUCGCGGACCAUAAUGAAGAACAUCCUGGGCCACGCCGUCUAUCAGCUCGCCGUCAUCUUUUUCCUGGUCUUUGCUGGUGAGAAGUUCUUCCACAUCCACAGUGGGAGGAAGGCCCCGCUCCACUCGCCACCCAGCCAGCACUACACCAUCAUCUUCAGCACCUUCCUGCUGAUGCAGCUCUUCAUCGAGAUCAACUCCCGCAAGAUCCAGGGUGAGAGGAACGUGUUCGUCGGCAUCUACCACAACCUCAUCUUCUGCUCGGUGGUCCUGGGCACGUUCAUCAGCCAGGUUCUCCUUGUGGAAUUUGGGGGCAAGCCCUUCAGCUGCACAAAGCUCAGCCUGUCGCAGUGGCUGUGGUGUCUCUUCUCUGGGAUCGGAGAACUCCUGUGGGGCCAGGUGAGUAGCCACGUGCCUUCCCCACGCGUUUGCACGCCCAGCAGACCCCUCUCCUCUGUGUGAGACGGGACGAGCACCCACGGUGGCUCCCAGCUGCCCUAAGCCUCCCCUCCCCUCUCCUCACCCAAGUCCUCGAAUCGCCUCCGUCUUCCGGGGUGAAAGCAUCGGGGGCCGCACGUCAAAAUCUCCUGGCCUCCCCUCUAACCAUGCUUGCGCACAGGCAGAUCCCUGAGCUUCCUGAGGCGGGCGUGGGACUUUGCGGUAGAACUCAGCUGUAGAAAAAUGAAGGGUCUGGGGCUGCGUUUGGUGCAGUCCACCUGCCAUAUCAGAGCACCCGGCUUCAAGGCCUGGCUCCACUUCCGGCCAGUGCUCGCCCUGGGAGGCCACGGAUGAUGGCCCAGGUACCUGGACUCCUGCCACCCAAGAGGGAGACUUGGAUGGAGUUCCAGGCUCCUGGCUUGAGCCCUGCCCUGCCCGACUUGUUGCACACAUUUGGGGAGUGAAACAGUGCAUAGAAGAGAUAUCUCUCUUUCUCUUUCUUUCAAAUAAACGACAUUAAACAAAGAAACAAAAAAAAAGAGAUUGAUUCAUUUAUUUGAAAUAGUUACAGAGAGAGAGGGAGCAAGAUCCUCCAUCCACUGCUUCACUCCCCCAGAUAGCCACAGUGGCCAGGGCUGGGCCAGACUGAAGCCGGGAGCCAGGAGCUUCUUCCAUGUCUUCCAUAUAGGUGGCAGGGGCCCAACACCUGGGCCAUCUUCCUCUGCUUUUCCCAGGCCCUUAGCAGGGAAGCUGGGUCAGAAGUGGAACUACCGAGACAGGAAGCUGCGUCCACGUGGGAUGCUGGUGCGGCAGGCGAUGGCUUUUACCCCCUGUUCCAUAACACCGCACCCAGUCCUUGUGGUUUCUAAUCGAGGCUCUUAGGAGUAGGAGAGUUCUUCCUCUGUGUUUAUUGGAACACAGCAGCAGCCCGGGCCCCAGGCUGCCCUGCUGCCGGCCCUUGUGUCGCUCCCUUCUGCCGGUCCCCCGUGGGGCCACCCCCGGGCCUUGAUGCCACGCAGCAGGGUGAGUGUCCGAAGACUGAGCAGGAGGGAGCCCGCGUGCUGGCUCCAGUAGAUGCUCGGAGCACAGGCAGGCCGCCCCGGCCUUCCUCCUGGGAAGUCCAGGAAGUCAGGGUCAGGCAUUUUCCCAUUCCGGAUCUUGAACUGGUUCGAAUAUCCGUCCCACCCUCACGGGACGGCUGUGCAGGGCCUCCCUCUCCAGGGAGAGCCCGGGCCUUUCCUCCCCUGCUUUCUGGAAAGGAAGCAGAAAGCAGCUGAAUUCCAGCCGAGGAAGGGGGUCUCCAUCUGACCCCAGAGAGUGCCCGGGCACUGCUCGGGGCUCCUGGGACAGGAGCAGGAGUUGUCCUCAAGGAGCCCCCUUCCCGAAUGCGCAGGGAGGGUGGGGGGUUGGCUCAGUGGGCAGGACUCAGAGCUUGCAGGACGCCCAGACAGACUCCCCAAAUGGCUGCCACGGCCAA